AUGGAGAAUCUACUAUCCGUCGCGUUCGACCACCUCUCCUCCUACGAUGGCGCCAAGAUCCGGAAAGGUCUGCGCCAGGUCGAAGGCCUCCUCGCCACCAUCUGUCUGUCCAAGCGCGACAAGGACAAGGACAAGAGCGCCGGCGCUGGCAGCGAUGCGCAACAAGACGAGAACGCGCCCAAGAACCUGGCCGGCAUCUCCGACGACCCUGCCUUUGAGCAGUUCUUCAAGCUGCAGGAAGGUUUCGAGUGGAACGUCGCGUUGCGCCUGGUCAACACGCUCGACCGCCUGCUGGCCAAGGGCAACGACGGCCAGAACGAUCUGCUGAUCCUCAGCUCGCUGGAUCUGAUCCAGGGCGUGCUGAUCCUGCACCCCCCGAGUAAAAUCCUGUUUUCUCGAGAGAUGUACAUGAACAUGCUCCUCGACCUGCUCGAACCCGAUUUCCCACCCGCCGUCAUGGGCGCGACGCUGCUCGUGCUCGUCGUAGCACUGAUCGACACACCGCAGAACACGCGAACCUUUGAGAAGCUCGACGGGCUCCUGACCAUCUCGUCGCUGUUCCGCUCCCGGUCGACCUCCCGCGACGUCAAGAAGAAGUGCAUCGAGUUCCUGUACUUCUACCUGAUGCCCGAAGUGCCCUCGAUCCCCUCGGCGCGGACGCGGGACUCGCUGCCCGAUCUGCUGCAGAGAAGUCCCAGCAAAUUGGCAAAGGCCUUUUCCGACGCCCCGAGAGAGGGACGCGAGAGGAGGGACAGCGAGAGCGUGCACACGAGAAGCCAGGAGGAGAAGCAGCAGCUGCUGGCGAAGCAUCUGAACAGUGUUGAUGACCUCGUGCGGGAUCUGCAGGGCAACACCCUGUUUGGUGGCGCCGUCUCUUAG